AUGCCCAGCUCCCCAGCCACGGGGCAUCCACCCAGCUCAACGGCAGCGCCAGCCCCGUCCUCGCCCAGGUCCCCCAGCCCCGCUCCUGCUCCCAGCUCUCCUGCGCCCACUGUGAGCCCGGAUCCCAGCAGCACCUUGGCCGCCAGCUCCGGAACGACACCGGCCAUCGGCACCGGCACCGCAGCUGGCAGCUCAGAGCAGCUCCUUGCCAAACCCAGCCCCGGCCUGGUCGUCAUCAUCUGCCUCUUCAUCUGCGUGCUGGCGGGGGGAGCAGCGGUGCUGCUGGUGCGGCUGUGCCGGCGCGGGACCCCCCGCUUCCGCCACCUGGACGAGGUGCCUAUGAGCAAGGUGACGGAGAGGUCCCCCAUCACCCACUACCCACCCAGGUGA